AGGAGAAAUGCCGCGCCAACAAUCCCACACCGAGAAAAGUUUUGGAUGGAACAAAGAAGAAGCUGCUUCAAUUCAAUCUUCACCAACGCUGCUUGAAGAUGCGCAGCCUCACUCUAACUCUCAGAUCCUCUUCUCUCCCAUUCACCUUCACCUCCUCCUCCUCCUCCUCCUUCAGACGCUUCCAUUUCCUCAAGCCAUGUUCUUCUUCCCUCAAACAAACGAAGAAGCAGCAACACUCUCUCCGCCGCUCUCCGCCUCCUUCCACCGCCCCUCCUCCCAAAAGUCUCCGAUGGUUCUUCAAUCCCAAAUCCAGCGACGACGAAGACGACGACGCUAAAUCCCCCAAAGCCGAGAGCGACGAAGGAUCGGGCGGGGAUGCUGCUGUCAAGGGCACGAUUCUGGCAGGAGUUUUGUUGAUUGGCACUGUUGGUGGAUUCGCCGGCGUUGGCUACGUCUACAGAGACCAGAUCAAUACCUUUCUCACUCAGUUCUCCACUUUCAUCGAAGGUUAUGGUCCGGCUGGGUAUGCACUUUUCAUUGCUGUCUACGCUGGCCUUGAGAUACUAGCCAUUCCGGCUCUCCCGCUGACCAUGUCGGCUGGUCUUCUCUUCGGUUCCCUCGUUGGCACCAUCAUAGUUUCCGUCAGUGGAACUAUGGCUGCUAGUGUUGCUUUUCUAAUUGCAAGAUACUUUGCCAGAGAGCGUAUCCUUAAGUUAGUUGAAGGCAACAAGAAGUUCCUCGCCAUUGAUAAAGCCAUUGGUGAGAAUGGGUUUAGGGUUGUUACUCUCCUUCGCCUAAGCCCUCUCCUUCCUUUCUCUCUUGGCAAUUACCUCUACGGCUUGACGUCUGUCAAGUUUGUGCCUUAUGUACUUGGAAGUUGGUUAGGUAUGCUUCCAGGAUCUUGGGCUUAUGUCAGCGCUGGAGCUUUUGGACGAGCAAUCAUUCAAGAAGAAUCAACUGUUGGGUUGCCUGGAGGAAACGGCCAGCUUCUAACGCUCGGGUUGGGUCUGUUGGUAACUGCAGUAGCUGCAACAUAUGUAACUGGCCUAGCAAAGGAUGCUAUAAAGGAUAUUGAUGAUGAGUAGGGAGAUAUGGAUACUAAGAGAAGGGAACAGAACAGAGACGGAUUCAGUUGGACGAGGCUCUAGGAUUUGUAAAACCUUAGUGGAGAACCAUGUUUCAGACGUUGAAUGUUAAAUAUGUGAUGACAUUAAUACUUCUCCAUCAUUGUUUAUAGUUGAUAAUAUAGUUCCAUUUUUGUUCUCUACA